AUGACUCCAAAUAAAUCUAUUAAAGUUGUGCUUUUAGGCGAUUCAUCAUGCGGAAAAACUUCAUUAAUUAAAGCAUGGAUGCUCGAAGAUAAUCCAACGAAGACGUUAGCAACUGUUGGCGCAUCUUUUAGAAGACAAUUUGUUGACAUCGAUGAUAUACAAUACUGUAUUGAUAUUUGGGAUACAGCUGGUGAUGAAAAAUACUCAUCAACAAUUCCUCUAUAUUGUAGGAGUGCUUUUGGAGCAUUUAUAGUUUUUGACGUUACUAGACCAGAGACUUUUAAUAGUGUUUCAAAGUGGAUUGAGAUUCUGAAACAAUCUGCAGGUGAUGUUCCCUAUAUACUAAUUGGAAAUAAGGCUGAUCUUGUAGAUCGUAUUAUAGUUACACAAGAACAAGCUAAUGAAUAUGCAUCAACAUUGAAAGUUGACUAUUUUGACACAAGUGCGCUAACAGGACUCAAUGUUGAAGAUGCUUUCAGUGCUCUUGCAAUGGCCGCUGUUCAAGCUUCUAAAGAAGACGUUCAGAGGUCAACCACACAAGAUCUUGUAACCCAAGAUCUAACAAAGAAGCAGAAUAACAAAUCAGGUUGUUGUUAA